AUGCGGCCGGGGGGCGCGCUGCUCGCCCUGCUCGCCAGCGUUCUGCUGCUGCUGCGCCUGCUCUGGGGCUCGACCGACCCGCCCGCUCGCCCCAGGCUCAUGGCAGAGGAAAGCAGGGAGGCCACCCAUGGCAUCCCCGCAGCCCUGAGGACGCCCAAGGGCUCGGAGAUCCAGCUGCCGCGCUCUACAAACAGCACGUAUCCGAGCGAGAGGCCAGUCCACUUGACAGAGAGAUGCACAAAUCUGCAAAAUGGCUUCGAGACAUUAUCUAACAAAAAGAAAAGGUAUUCAGAGGAUGACUACCUUCAGAUUAUCACAAAUAUACAGAGCUGUCCAUGGAAACGACAAGUAGAAGAAUAUGAGAAUUUUAGAGCAGAACUUGCUUCCUGUUGUGAUGCUGUCCAAAACUUCAUUGUUUCUCAAAAUAAUACUCCAGUUGGAACUAACAUGAGUUAUGAAGUGGAAAGUAAAAACGAAAUCCUAAUUAGAAAGACCAUUUUUAAUAUGUUUCCAGUGUCGCAGCCUUUUGUGGAGCACCCUUACAAUCAGUGUGCCGUGGUUGGAAAUGGGGGGAUUCUGAAUAAGUCCCUCUGCGGAGCUGAAAUAGAUAAAUCUGACUUCGUUUUUAGGUGUAACCUUCCCCCAACGACAGGAAAUGUUAGUAAAGAUGUUGGCAGUAAAACCAAUCUUGUGACUGUAAAUCCUAGUAUCAUAAGACUAAAAUAUGGGAACUUAAAGGAAAAGAAAGCAGUCUUUCUGGAGGACAUUGCAACCUAUGGAGACGCAUUCCUUCUUCUGCCAGCAUUUUCCUUCAGGGCCAACACUGGUGCCUCUUUUAAAGUGUACAACACACUGAAAGAAUCUAAUGCAAGGCAAAAGGUUAUAUAUUUCCAUCCCAAGUACCUGAGGAACCUUGCCCUCUUCUGGAGAACUAAAGGUGUGACAGAGUAUCGCCUGUCCUCCGGCUUCAUGAUCAUAAGUGCAGCCGUCGAGCUGUGUGAGAAUGUGAAACUGUACGGAUUUUGGCCCUUCUCUAAAACUGUACAGGACACACCUGUCAGCCAUCACUACUAUGACAACAACUUACCUAAACGUGGUUUCCAUGAGAUGCCCAAAGAAUACAGCCAGAUUCUCCAACUUCACGUGAAAGGAAUCCUCAAAUUACAAUUUAACAAAUGUGAAAUAGCCUAA